UCGUUACUCUACAUAUUUAGACACGGCACAGGCGUACGUUAUUUCCUAUUUCAUUGAUACGGAGUGAAUGGGCAGUAUAAGUCGUGUUAUAAAUAUGGCUAGCAAAGUACCAAAAAUUAAAUUUAACAAUGGGCAGGAAUUUCCUGUAUUUGGCUUAGGAACAUGGAAAUCUAAACCUGGUGAAGUAACACAAGCUGUCAAAGACGCCAUAGACAUAGGCUAUCGUCACAUCGAUUGUGCUCACGUUUAUGGUAACGAACUGGAAGUUGGAGAAGCUUUAAAGGCUAAAAUAGGAGAUGGGACCGUGAAGAGGGAAGAAAUUUACAUUACCAGUAAAUUAUGGAACACAAUGCACAGACCAGAUAUAGUAGAACCAGCUAUAAGAACUACAUUGAAACAUCUAGGUCUCGAUUAUUUAGACUUAUAUUUGAUUCACUGGCCUUUCGCGCUUAAGGAAGAAGGAGAUCUAUUUCCCGUAGAUGAGAGUGGAAAAACUGCUUUUAGCGAUGUUGACUAUUUAGACACAUGGAAAGCAAUGGAGGAGUUAGUUAAAAAAGGACUCACCAAAUCUAUUGGAGUUUCAAAUUUCAACAAGAAGCAACUCGAAAGGUUAUUGGCUAGCGCUACUAUUGCCCCAGUGACUAAUCAGAUUGAAGUACACCCAUAUUUGAACCAACAAAAAUUAAUCGAUUACUGUAAAUCGAAAAACAUCGUGGUAACAGCGUACAGUCCCCUGGGUUCCCCUGAUAGACCAUGGGCAAAACCUGAGGAUCCUCAAUUGCUGGACGAUCCCAAAAUUAAAGCCAUCGCCGAUAAAUAUGGUAAAACAACCGCUCAAGUCGUAAUUAGGUAUGGUAUUCAAAGAGGUCUAAUUGUUAUUCCCAAGUCAGUGACAAAAUCCAGAAUCCAACAGAAUUUCGAUAUCUGGGAUUUCCAGUUGUCUGAAGAAGAUAUUGCUCAAUUGAACACAUUUGAUUGCAAUGGAAGAAUUUGUCCAUAUAAUGAUGCUUAUGAUCACAAAGACCACCCUUUCAUCCGUGAUGAGUACUAGAUGAAGCAAUAUAUUUUUUUUCUAUUCACCGAAUUGUGUUAAAUAUAAUGUAUUAGAAUAAUAAUAAUUUUGUAAUUAUUGUAAUACUUUAUUAAUUUGCUUUUUAGUAUUUUAUAUGUUUAAAAUGGAAAAAUUGAUAGAAAUUCUUGUAUGCCAUGCACUACAUUUUAAAAUUGAAUAACACCAUGAUGUGUAAAAGUCCGUUGGAGAGCAAUAAAGAUUUUUUUAAAAUUA